AUGAGGGCAAUCAAUUUGAGUCUGGCUGUUGCUGGACCGUAUAAAGAGACCGCAAAACGCACUGUCGAGGUGGACACUGUCAGAAUGCCGGAAAUUGGCCUGUGGCACGGACACCCCAGGCCGCUGGGACGAACCUGUGUUCUUGCGGACGGAAACUGGGUAUACUCCUACAAAGAGCGUCUUGUAGGGGCAAUUGACAUGAAAACGGAGAUCACACAGCUGAGCGCGCACAAUGGCUAUAUCUAUGUGCUUUGCGAGGCCAAGGUGGUGGUUUUCUCCCAGAACACCCUAGAGCUUGUCGCGGAAGCUGUACUGGAGUACGUGGGAGACCGGUUUUGGCUCCUGGACAUUGACCAGAGCGUGGUUAUGGUCGUUCAAAGUCGCUCAAUCAUCACUGUCGUCACCCACUGCAACACUUUGACCACCAGCUCGCCGUUGUACCUCCCGUUCUGGGCCAAGGGCGUGGUGCUACUGAGCAGAUUCUAUAUCUAUGUUGUUGGGCCCUCUGGCCAGUACGAGAUUUUCAGGUACAACUUCCAGACACGGUCUCUUUUGGCGGCCGACCGCAAGAUGCUGAUUCGCAUUGGGGUGUUUGGAGUGCAAAAGUACGGCCGGAUCACCGACAUUGCCUCUGCGGGCCCUGGAAAGUGGGCUGUUCUCCAGGAAAGGGGGUGGGCGCUCUACGAGGUUCGCAAGGCGCAACUUUUUGAGGUUGCCUCGUCCUCCCUGGCAGUAGUUGCCGAACGCUUGGCCACUGUGGAUGCUGGAGACGGAUUUGUCAUUCAUCUGCAGAACGGAGAAUCAUUGGUGGUAAACGGCGAAAACCAUCAUUUGGAGACCAUGACAAAGCCAGAUAAGCUGGAGUGUCCAAAGUUUUCUGCCGUUGACAAGAUAGACAACUAUGUUCUAGAGAGCCGAGAUGAAUACCUCGCUUUUCUGUCCGCCUACACCACGUUCUACCAUUGCUCGCUACCUCUGGCCAGAUUUCCGGUAGAGGUGUUUUUCCGUCUCUCUGUGGACGCUGAUCGUCUGGCAGAGCUAUUUCUGUCGUAUGCGGUGGAAAAUUAUAGCUUCUUGCUGCUGAGUCGACUGUGUCUCUACUGCGUGUCUGGCAACAGAACGGCGUUCUCUCUGCUGGACCAAUUGCUUGCCGGCGUUGGCCGGUUCAACGAGGAGCUGGUCAGCACCUGGAGACAUUAUCUUGACGAGACUUAUUUUCCUUCCUCCGAGAACUACUCUGUUUAUGCCGUGCUCGUCCUUGGUCUUCUUUUCUGCCACGCCGAAAUUGAUUUGGGACCUGAAUUUGGCCCAAAACUAGACAAGUACGCGUCCUGCGCUUCCACAGAGAUGUCGAUGUCGAUGCUGGUUCAGAAAAUGGGUUUGCGCUUAAAACAGCUCGUCAAUAUUCCCGCUCUUUUCUACAACCUCAUACAACAUAACCAUUUGGACGCAGUCGACGCCUUUGUCACGCUAGACGAGCAGUUUGCCGUGCUCAGUUUGGCGAGUCUUAUGACCGCACCUGUUCCGCCGCUCACAUAUAUCAACCAGCUGCUGGUGAACACCCAUCUCUCGCCAACCAAUUUAUUUAUUUUGAUCAGCUGCGUGCUCCUCAAUUUGCCGUGUCCAGGGAGCUCUCCAACCAUCAAUCUGCUCACGACCAACUUUCACGAAUCCCUGGGAUCUUACUAUGAAGGCCUCGGAGAAAAAUCGCCCGAGGCGCUCGCCAAAUCUCAAUGCAAGAUCUCGGUCAUGCUCGAUGACUCCGUGCUGCAGCUGGGUUACUGCGGCGUGGUGAUGGCUAAGCAAAAGAAGGAAUGGGAACUUCUGCCGCUGAAGACGCCAGAGUUGCCAAAAGACGCGCAGCUGGCGGCCCAGCUGGGCUGGUCCGAGAAGUACGUCAAGCCCAAGUUUUCCGUUGACGGCUCCAAGCUCGCGUGUUUCGACUUCAACAGCUACACGAUCCGCGUUUGGGACUUGUCCACGCGAUGUCCUGACGCGUUGGACACGAGAGUGGUGCGGACCGACUUUGCGCUGAAAGUGCCCAACUUCUACGUGCUCCUGCUGCAGAGACUGGGGCUUUCGGUGCCGAUGGAUCUCCUUGGGUUGCAAAACACUUCCGUGUGCGUUUCGACAGAGUGUAUCAAUUUGCACGAUCUGCUUGCCAAUUACAGCGAGGUUUUCAGCUUUAGCCACUCAGAGCUGGAUUUCGACUGGGUUCUCGGAGACCGCAUAGCUCUCAAGCUGCGCAGCAGAAUAAUUUUUGUGUAUAAUCUGGGGUAA